AUGACACUUCUUGUCGCCUUGAUCUCUGAAACUGUCUCCUCGACAGAAUUGAACACUCUCAGCGACUCUCUUCGCACACCAAAACCACCCACGACUCGUCUCACCAUACAACCAGAAAGCAAUGGUUGGUGGGUUCAGUUAAAAGUUUCACCGCCUGGAGUCACCCAAAGAAUCCGAGUGACGAUUCUCUCUCAAACAGGACAAACCCACACACUCGAUGCCACUUCUCCCUCAUGGGACUCAACCCGCUCCUAUUUCACAGCCCAAUCACCUCAAGAAAUUCCAUCCAAUUCACAAGUCAAAUUUACCGUCAUGAAACGCAAUGGGCGAGUGGUUCCUUUGAGCAUGCAAUGGCGCAUUGGAAAUAGUGUGUCUUCCUCCUCUCGAGGUGGUGGUAAUAGUGGUAAUGGUGGUAAUGGUGUCAAAUCAUCAUCCUCGGGUCGUAAUAUUGCCAAUGCCACUUGGUACGAUGAAACAGCAGCGGGUACUCCUGUGUGUGGUUUCAAAACCAAGUAUUGUGGAGCUCCUUCGGAUGCCUUCAAAGGACUCGGAGUGAGAGUAGGACCCUGCUGGGGAGGUACUUCAUCCAGUACUUGCCAAAAUUGUGCCAAAGGCUAUUGCUUUGGUCCAUCAUGUGUUCCUCCUCAAUGUAAGAAGGGAGGAUGUGGGAUCAAGAUUAAACUAUGGUGUGUGGAUCCUUCUGAGGGAGCCUGUAAAACCUCAGAACCCAUCAUUAUGACCGUGAAUAAUAUGUGUCCAAAGAGUCAUCCAUGCAACACUUGUAAGGGAAAGCAAAAUCCUUGUGCCCGAUCCAAUCAUUUGGAUUUGUGUGCGAGUACAUUCUUUGCAUUGGCAAACCAUCAGCCAAGAACGGAGGGAUUGAAAAUUGCCUAUCAAGUGCUUGGAAAGUAA